ACAUCAAGGUGUCGGGCUACCUGAACCUGGCAGCCGACUUCACGCACAAUUUUACCGACGGCCUGGCGAUCGGAGCGUCGUUCAUGGUCAGCCCAACGGUUGGCGUCGUCACCACGCUCACCAUCCUGCUGCACGAGGUCCCGCAUGAGAUCGGAGACUUUGCCAUCCUUGUCCAGUCUGGCUGCACAAAAAAAAAGUUCUCCUUUCUCUCCACUGACACAGACAUCAAGGUGUCGGGCUACCUGAACCUGGCAGCCGACUUCACGCACAAUUUUACCGACGGCCUGGCGAUCGGAGCGUCGUUCAUGGUCAGCCCAACGGUUGGCGCCGUCACCACGCUCACCAUCCUGCUGCACGAGGUCCCGCAUGAGAUCGGAGACUUUGCCAUCCUUGUCCAGUCUGGCUGCACCAAAAAAAAGGCCAUGUGUCUCCAGUUGCUGACUGCCCUGGGAGCUCUGGCCGGCACAGCUUGCUCCCUAUUGGCCGAGGGCGUGGGCGCUGCGGCGACCGCCUGGAUCCUGCCGUUCACGGCCGGCGGCUUCGUUUACAUCGCCACAGUCACCGUUCUGCCAGAACUGCUGGCGGGCCGCUCCAGCUUCGGCCAGUCUCUGAUGGAGAUUCUGGCGCUGCUGUUCGGAGUCGGCAUGAUGGUGCUGAUCGCCGAGUACGAGUGAGACUCCGCCGAGUGGACAGAGAGGGGGGAAAGGUCAAACGGUUGGAAAAAAAAAAACAAAAAAAAUGCUGGUUUUAAAGUAGAGUUCAAGUGGAUUAUUGUUUGUAAGGGGUGUGUUUUCUUUCCUUUUUUUUUUUUUUAUUAAUUAUGUUUUGGGACAAAAUCCACCCCCUGAUGGCGAAUGGAUGAUUUUUGUUGUCUUUUUUUUUUUUUUUGUUCACUGUUACAUCCCUAAUUUUUUUUUUUUCGUGUUACUGUCUCUUUUCGGCUUCUUAAAAAACUUCAGCGGGACAGACUGAGAGCUGGAAA